GGCUCCUCCGCAGCGGUGUGACACGAUCAGAGAGGAGGAGGAGGAGGAGGAGAGAGAGAGUAAGCAGAGGGUAAUCAGUCGGUCCAGCACUCAGAGGCAGCAUCAUGGCACCUAUCGGAUUAAAGGCGGUGGUCGGCGAAAAGAUUAUGAACGAUGUUAUCAAGAAGGUGAAGAAGAAGGGAGAAUGGAAGGCUCUGAUUGUGGACCAGCUGAGCAUGAGGAUGUUGUCAUCCUGCUGCAAGAUGACAGACAUCAUGACAGAGGGCAUCACCAUUGUGGAGGACAUCAUGAAACGACGAGAGCCACUGCCGAGCCUGGAGGCCAUUUACCUGAUUACACCCACAGAGAAGUCUGUCCACACCGUCAUUGCAGACUUCAAAGACCCUCAUUCAUCUAAAUACAAGGCAGCCCAUGUUUUCUUCACUGACUCAUGCCCCGAUCCUCUCUUUAAUGAGCUGGUGAAGAGCCGGGCUUCCAAAGUCGUCAAGACUCUGACGGAGAUCAACAUCGCCUUCUUGCCCUACGAGUCUCAGGUGUAUUCUCUGGACAAUCCAGAUGCCUUUCACAGUUUCUACAGCCCUCAUAAGACCCAGCUGAAGAACCCAGUGAUGGAGAGGCUGGCCGAGCAGCUGGCGACGCUCUGUGCCACCCUGAAAGAGUAUCCUGCUGUCAGAUACCGAGGGGAGUACAAGGACAACGCCACCCUGGCCCAGCUGGUUCAGGACAAACUUGAUGCAUACAAGGCUGAUGACCCCACCAUGGGAGAGGGUCCGGAUAAGGCUCGCUCACAGCUGAUCAUUCUGGAUCGGGGAUUUGACCCCGUCUCACCUGUCCUGCACGAGCUCACCUUUCAGGCUAUGGGCUACGACCUGCUGCCCAUUGAAAAUGACGUCUACAAAUAUGAGACCAGCGGCAUCGGAGACUCACGUGAGAAAGAGGUCCUUCUGCAUGAAGACGAUGACCUGUGGGUGAGCCUGAGACACAAACACAUAGCCGAGGUGUCCCAGGAAGUGACACGCCAGCUGAAAGACUUUUCUUCCAGCAAGAGGAUGAACACCGGAGAGAAGACCACGAUGAGGGAUCUCUCCCAGAUGCUGAAGAAGAUGCCUCAGUACCAGAAGGAGCUCAGCAAGUACUCCACUCACCUGCAGCUGGCUGAGGAUUGCAUGAAACAUUACCAGGGAACAGUGGACAAACUUUGCCGUGUGGAACAGGAUCUGGCUAUGGGCACAGAUGCUGAGGGAGAGAAGAUCAAAGAUCCCAUGAGGGCCAUUGUGCCCAUACUGCUGGAUGCCAAUGUCAGCACAUAUGACAAGAUCCGCAUCAUCCUGCUUUACAUUUUCCUUAAGAACGGCAUUACGGAGGAGAACCUCAACAAGCUGAUCCAGCAUGCUCAGAUUCCCCCCGAGGACAGUGAGAUCAUCACCAACAUGGGUCACCUGGGCGUCCCCAUCAUCACAGAUUCCACCCUCCGCAGAGGGAAAAAGGUCGACAGGAAGGAGCGUGUGAGCGAGCAGACCUAUCAGCUGUCCCGCUGGACACCACUGAUCAAGGACAUCAUGGAGGAUGCUAUUGACGAUAAACUGGACACCAAGCACUAUCCUUACAUCUCUACCCGCUCCUCUGCCUCCUUCAGCACCACUGCAGUCAGUGCUCGGUACGGCCACUGGCACAAGAACAAGACACCCGGAGAGUACCGCACUGGGCCACGUGUCAUGGUAUUCAUUAUCGGCGGCGUGUCUUUCAGCGAAAUGCGCUGCGCCUAUGAGGUCACACAGGCCAAUGGGAAGUGGGAAGCCAUCAUUGGUGCCACCCACAUGCUCACCCCCACCAAAUUCUUAAAGGACCUGCAGCAUCCCGACUUCCGAGAGUCCACUAGGGUGUCCUUUGAGGACCCUGAGCCCUCAGCCGAGUGAGGCAGAGACAGAUUGGGAGGGAGGGAGAGAGAAAUCACACAGAAAAAAGUAAAGGCAGCCGUGCAAAGAAGCCCUUUCUGAACCUUCACAGCACAAGGGCUUUCUUCCUUGUUCCUUCUUCUUUGAACACUCAGUACUGUUUUAUGUAACUCCACCCUCCUCCUCCCCACUUCCUCAGGGAUGGAUGCCCCCGACAUUUCCUCACUGCAUGGACUGCUCCAUCAGACUCCCUAUGUAUCAGUAACUCAACCGCGAGUCCGUCAUGUGUUUCAGACUGAAACCAUAACUCCAAACAGGUGUAUUCUCGCAAAGUCUCUCAGCUUAUCCACAAAUCCAGUGCAAUAAACAUUUAGCAUUUCAACUACUUAAAUUAACUCUAAGAUUUGUUGGAGCAGUCUUAGCUCACAUCCUCACAACGCUGAUGUGAUGAUGGCAUGCGUAUCACACUUCCUGUAUCCUGAACUCUGUGCUGAUCAGCGGCCAUGCCUGAGGAGGUCGUGAACCCAUCCCUGCUACCUCCUCCCAUCAUCUCUGCAGGGUGGAUUAAAUCGCCCCGUGAUGGGCACCCAAAGGCCCUUUGAUCUUGUUUAAAACUCACUCCAGAUUUAAUCUGCCCCAACAUCUUUAUCAGUUCCUCUGAUUUAUUUUUAUAAUUUGCCCUUUACAUACACCAAACAAACACCUUUUUUUGUUACUGGUUUCUUUCCGGAUUGGUCCUUGAGUUGAUGUUGGGUU